UGCUGCACCGUAUGUAUUCUGUACAUCCAGUGUCCUUUCUGUACGACUUGGAAGCUGACAUUUGAGACAAUCUGCGAAUCUGUGCGUCGUUGUAAGCUCAGAAUGAAUUAAAUACGAGGUUUAUGUUAUUAGACUGUACUGAAUGUCAUGUGUUGGAAGUGUUUCAUUUAAAUGUGUCCAUUUAAAUAUCCCUCGUUAGCUUGCGUCGUUGUUAGUCUGCCCCUGGACCUUGCCAGUCAUUCAUUAUCAAAGUAGCUAGCAUCAAGCUAGCUCAUGGUAGCUGUUUCUAGCAGGUCCCCUCCCGCCCAUUCAGUUACGUUUGUCAGAAGUUCCCACCGUAGUGAAGGCUAGUUUAUUUGGCUAACCAAAUGAAUACAUGUUUACCAGACACACGUCUUUGCAGCAUUUUCAUUGACAACUUAUGGCUAGCAAGUUAGCUAACUACCACUGGAAAGGUGUGCUGCAGGCAGGUAGAUGACAUGCAGGGUGAGCCAUGGACCAGAUCACCUUCCAUUAUGACACGGUGCUGUCUGACGUUCACCUGUUGCUACCCAACUCUCGCCACCUCAUGGCACGCCUUAACAGCGUAGGACAACCAGUGUUCAUCUCCCGGUUCAGAAUCCUGUGGGACGGAGCGAAGCAGCACACCUGUGACCUCGGUUCCCCCUGCGGAGGGGAAGAAUUAGACCGCGACACCCAGGAGGAGAGUGGAAGGGGAGAUGCUAGGUGGAGUGAGGCUGUGGCUGACGGAGGAGUGGACGGAGGAGUGGACGGAGGGGAGGACGGAGGGGAGGACGGAGGGGAGGACGGAGGGGAGGACGGAGGGGAGGACGGAGGAGAGGACAGAGAGGUAGAACCACCCCUGGAUGAAGAUGGAGAUUUAGAGGUACCACGCAGGCCCAGACAAAGACUCCCUGAGAGGGACAGAGACAUGGUCUACCCCAUCAUCCUCAGCCAGGCAAGAAGAGAGGAAGAGGAGGAGGAGGAGGAAGAGAAGUGUCCUAGAGACGUCAUCAGGAUAGAACACACUAUGGCCACGCCUUUAGAAGAUGUUGGCAAACAGGUCUGGCGUGGUGCCUUCCUAUUGGCUGAUUUAAUCCUGUCUCAGCCAACUACAUUCAGAGGAGCCACUGUCUUGGAGUUGGGGGCAGGGACUGGGCUGACCAGCAUAGUCAUGGCAACGGUGGCCAAAACAGUGUACUGCACAGGUAAGGGACCAUCAGGUAAACCAGGGUUCUGUCAAAUUGUUGUGGACCUGUCAGCAGAACGUUUGAAUUCAACAAUGUUUUACAUCUACAGCGCCUUAGGAACGUGUUCAGACCCCUUGACUUUUUCCACAUUUUGUUACGUUACAGCCUUAUUCUAAAAGUGAUUCCCCCAC